GGUGGGCAACACGGCCAGCAGGAGGCAAUACGAAGCUCUCUCACGCGUCUGAUGAGCGCACCAUGGCAGGACAAGCCGCAGACGAUCUAGAGUACAAGAAGAUGAUCAGCAGGGAGCUCUGCUGGGCUGUCAAGGAGCCCACGCUGGAAGGACUCGAGAGCCACGCCGCCAAGCACGGGCUGACGAUUGUUCAAGCUUGGCGAGCUCCGCGAGGAGAGGGCUUCAAGGCUGCAGCGGCGAGGUUUUUCGUGGAUGCCGAGGAUGUCCUCAUCGUGGCCUUCCGCGCGACCAUCGGCAACGAGGAGUGGCUCGAGUACCCGCAGAAAUAUUUCAAACAGCGAUUGAUUCCACACGACGGCGAGGCCCCAGGCACAAACCUCAAGGUCUUCGGCGUGUGGAGCCUGACGUUGGACGAGGUCUGGAAGGUGCCCGGGGACAAGCCGGACGGCCCCAAAGACAACCUGCGGGGCCUCAUCUGGCGGCAGCUGAAUGCCGGCAACCGGGUCUGGCUGACGGGCCACAGCAAGGGGGGUGCCGUCGCUACCACAGCCGCUUCGCGCCUCCUCCUCGGAGAUUCAUCGGUUGGCGGGAAGGAGGAAGCCGCCGACCCCGCCGUCCGCCGCCCGGAGCCGGACAUGCUCUCCCUACGCGGCGGUCCACUCUCCCGCCUCUCCGUCUUCACCUACAACGCCCCGAUGGCGUUUUCCAUACCCUUGGCAGAUCUCUACGACGCUAGGAUGGCUGAAAUCGGUCGCCGUGAAGGGGGCGCGGCAAGGAGAUUGCAUCUUAGGGGCGGGGGGGGGGGGGGG